UGGUGAAUCAUAUCAUCUCUGUUUUCGACCGUCGAAACGGGGUAGGGUAGGGGAGAAAAUGUCAUGGCGAUGAUUGUAACAGGUAGGAGUUUAGAAACUAGAGGGUUACAGAGAAGACAGCUUUCACUUUACCCAAACCUUAAGCGCAGGGGGCAGUGGAUGGGAAGGAAAUGGAAAGGGGCUUUAGCCAGUGGCCCACCGGCCCACCGGCCCACCGGCCCACCGGCCCAUCGGCCCACCGGCCCAUCGGCCCACCGGCCCAUCGGCCCACCGGCCCAUCGGCCCACCGGCCCAACCAUGGUGCCGCCUCAGGUAGAAACUUUUGUGUGCCUUAUUAUUGCUCGUGUUGCAAAGCUACAAAAAGCUAACAUACCUGAGUAAAAAUGGCUCCUAUUUUGUUAAGUGAUUGAAUGAAGAAAGUUUUGUGAUAAAAAUUUUCAAAGGAAAGCCUAUCCCUAUACUCUAAUUAGGACUGAACUUAGGGCGCGCUUGUGUCAAUUUACAGACAGACCUUCAAAAUUUUGAAUUACUAUUUACAGUAACAGACGGAAACCUUUCAAGAAUCACAAGCUCGUUAGGUAGUUAGCGGGUGAGAAGGUACCUUCCACUUUCUACCUCAGAGAAUGUCCUCAUUUUCUUUAAUUGAAAAUUACAUUUGACAUGCCCCUUAAGAAAUUGUUCUAGCACCGGCUUUGCAUUUGACCACACCAUUAUUUUUCUCUGGCCAUACCCAUCAAAGUCCCCUUAAGUUUUUCGUGGCCGGUUGAAAAUUCUGAGCCAGUCCGCCACUGGCUUUAGCUAUCUAUAGUUCUAAAUUGGUCGGAAAAAAUGGGAAUGUUUGGUACCUUUGUGCCCCCUCGUAACUUUGCCUUCCCCCUCUGGUCUUUUUGAAAAAAUUGUCUCUCACUGCGCUCCUUGUGGUAAUUUCAAUAAGGGGAGAUAGGUGAGAAGGGAUGCCAGUUACACCCAAGGGCAGUGCCUACGAUAUUGAGUGCAAUUAUGAUAAACGUUUCAUUUGAAUUUCACGACUUUUGAAGGAAAUUAGCCAGAAAAAAUGGGACAUUUCGAAACAGCUUUUAAGUCAAGUCAAGGAGCCCGUUGGGUCGUUUGGUUCAAGGCAGAUAAAUUGUAAACAGUCUCUGUUUUGAUCACACUAAUCAGAUAGUGUCGAGACUUUAACUUUUUCUCUAGACUAAAGUAUAAUUUUCACAGACCUUCAGACAGAAAGUGGAAAUUUUCCGGGAUAUGCCCUAGGAAUAUCUUGUCUUGAAAUACACUCUUUUUUUAUAAGAACCAGUAAAUUAAAGUUCAGGCUGACUGUUCUUAAUUUUUUCGAAAAUCUGAGGCUGGAUUGUUCUAAAUUUGUUCUCAAAUUAAGAGGGUGUAAGCAGUGCUAUUGCUAGCUUUUUCGCUCUAAGGAGGUGUUCAGGCCUCAUUUGCCAAAAAAGUAAGUGAGACAGUCUUAAUUUGCUGACAAAUUUGAAUAUUCACCGAAAAAGCACCCACACAUCGCUAAAAAUCCUCGAUUUUGUGAAAAAACGUUGUUCAAAAUUGCAUUUUGCAGAAGCUCAGCUUCAGCUUGUUCUUAAUUUGUUUUUAACUUUUGACCAGUUUUGAGGCUCGUGUUCUUAAUAAAUUGUUCUUAUAAAAAAAGAGUGUAAUUUAAAAUCAUAUUAACAAAUGAAACGUUUAGGUAAUGAAUAAUAAAACGUUCUGAAAUGUUGGUUUAACAUUUCAUAGCAUUUCAAAAUGCUACAUGGAGCAUGGAGCAUCGUGGCUUUAGAUCCGCUGGGAGGAAAGCUAAAUUACAAUUUAAGAAAUAUGCCACGCAUCGAACAAAAAUGCCCAUUUUUCAUCGUGAAAAAAGCAAUGGUCUGGUCAAAUUACACAAAGUGGAGGUAAUCAAUGAAGGAAACGAUGAGGAAUAUUGUAAGAACGGCGUAUCGAAAAAUAAUGGUCCAAUUCCAGCAGAACUCUAAAACUUGGACUCUUAAUCCAUCAAAUUUCAAUCUUUGACAUGCUUGCAUGCCAAGCCAAGGGCCAUGUUCAAUAAGGGGCACAAAAAUUCAUUCCCCUUGAGGAAUACAUUCAACCUUCGAUUCGCAUGCUACCUCAAAACAAUAAAUUGUAUUCAACGCCUUCAUGGAAUCUGCGAAACAUGAUUCACAGAGGAGUGUCUUGAUUCUUCUAAACAAAUGCAAGUGAUAUUCCUUUUGACCAUUUCAGGACAGGUCGAGGUCGAUGUUUGUGUUAUUGCCGAGCUUAUUUUUCAAGCAUUGCAGGUUCUUAAAUAUUUGCAUAAGGACAUCUUCAGCCUCGACACUGUAAGCUGAAAAUGAAUUAUUUAGCAAGGGUUCUUGUGAUCAUUGUUUUGGUCCAGUUUCAAGCCAGGAAGUCCACUGGAAUUUGGUGGUGGGUUUUCUCAAAUAGUGACGAACAGCAGCAACAACAACCAGAACCAACAGGAGUUGCUACAGCCAGCUCGUUUGGAAAAGUUUUUGUGCCAUUUGAACUGACGGAAGUCGAAAGCAAAUUUCUAUCAGAAGCAUCACAUUACCUGGGAAAUCUGCCCAAGCUCGACCAGUGUAACUUGCUUAUCGUCAAUAGACUAAAAAGCUCUUGCAACAAGUUGACCGAGAUGGAUCUCUCAAAACUAAGUGUGAAUCUGUUGAACUGUCAAAGUGCUAUUGAAGGAAGAAAAAUAUAUAAGUGUACAGAAGAUAUGGAGCUGAGUGAAUGUACCAAAGAUAUGGAUCCUGAUACGUGGAACGCUUAUCACGUGAUCAGCAACAGGGCUAGGGCAGUUUGUUACAGUGUAAGACAGACAGAGUUCCGAAUCAAAACAGAAGUUACGAUUAAUUCACUUGCGAGUUCAGCAAGGGAGAAUCUUGUAUCAUUACAACACCUGCUGGCAAGCCAAAAAGAUCUAGGCAAUAAGACUUCAGAGACAAUAACGCAUGUGGUCGAAGGAGGCAACAAGGCAGUCAAGGUGCAAACAGAGCUAAAUAGCCAACAAAUAUCCCUGAAGGAGGCUAUCAAUGAAAACAUCGAUGAGCUGUCACGUGAAAAAGAGCUCAUGGAAAAGAGACAGGAGGACAUAAAAAAGCACAGUUUAGAAGUGAAAAGAGAUCUGGAAGAGAUUGCUGGAACAAUCAAGGAGCAUCACGUGGCAAGAGCAAGCAGCGACAAAGAAUUGCUGUCUCAAGUUCAAGCCAUCCAGAUUCGUGCUCAAGACGUCCUUUCUAAGCUUGACAAAGCAGUGAGCAAUAUGGAUAACCAUUAUGCAAAUAUCGAAGAACGCCAUAGCAAGAUCAUCGAAAAUGUUCAAGACAUACAACAAGCGAUCAAUUUUGUGAGCGAGAUGAUUGUAAACUUUGAAGAUUCUUUUCAUGACCAAAUGAAAUGGAUAAACGAAGCAGUGGGUGGAACACGUGACAGGAUAUCAGUCAUCUCCAUAUUGCUUGGGCACAUAAUACAACUUACAAUUAUGUUGCUGAUGAUGAUCUUUUGUGGGUCGCCAUUGCUUUCGAAAACAACGAUGGUGGUGCUGCUUCCAAUGAACUGUGUUCUGGCCCUGCAAGAAAAACAUCACUUUACAUACAAAGAAAUGCUCGUUCUUGUCGCUUUGACAUACCCAGCGACUUGGAUCUUCUGCUACGCCUGCAGACUCAAAAGCAAUUUCAUUUGGAUUGAAAAAGCCUUGCAGCACCUUAUACAGCACCUGUAUAAUCUUGUCCCGUGUGAUCUUCUGUUUUACAAAAGAAAGUAUGGAAAAGAAAAAGCUAAAGACGGAAACAGUAGUCAGAAAGGCUGCGAGGAUUUGGACUUAACCGAUGCGGAGGAAGAAGAUGGUCAGGAGUCUGUUGCUGGUCAGUCAAUCAUCACAUCGACUCCUCAUAAGCUAGGCAACAGUUUUCUCAACCGAUCGAUCAAUCAAUCACUAAGCAGAUCAGCUGAUCGCCAAGCUGAUGUCAGCAUUGGCGCCAACCAAGCUCAGAGACGCUGCGGGUCACUCACGAGAAAUGGACAACGAUGCAAGUCAUUUUGCAGACGAGGUGGCAACGCAUGCUCACGUCACGAGAGCUCUUAUAAUUCAUACUUCGAACAGUCAAAUGUAAAUUUAUGAGGACAAUUCACAAGAAAAUCAAUUAUUUUAACAAGCUUUGCAUAAUUUGAAAAACUAAAAUUUUACUGUAUGUGAUUCCCACUAACUUACUUCCAGUUUUUAAAAACUAACCAAUUUUUCACGCUAAAUUCUAUAAAAACAAUUAAUUCAACAGUAAGCAGAACUGCACGACGAUAAGUAGCAAAGUAUCUAGGAAGUCUACAGCAAAAAACAUUUGUUUUUUUUAUAGAAUGUAGAUAUUUUGAGUUUUAGGGUAAUAUAUUUUGAAAAAAGGAAUAUUUUUCAUACAAAGAUCAUAAAUUGUAUUUUAGUCUUAUAAUUUUGUUUUAGCACUCUUUUUGCAUAUCCACUUAAUUAAUUUGAAUUUGUAAGUUUCUAUAGACUUUGCAUUUUUCCAAUACUUUAAAUCGAAUUAACAGUUUUUAAUGUUUCAGAAAAUUGCUAUAAAAAUUUGCUGUGAAAUACAGAUAAUUUUACGGAUUAUUUUGUUGGUACUAAGAAAAAUUGUUGUAAACAUGCUGAGAUACUUUUUCAAACCCUGCUUCAAGUUUCCAUUGUUACAGUGUUAAUUGGUAAACCUGUUUAAGUUGCCUGUAAAGCUAUCUAUCUAUCUAUCUAUCUAUCUAUCUAUCUAUCUAUCUAUCUAUCUAUCUAUCUAUCUAUCUAUCUAUCUAUCUAUCUAUCUAUCUAUCUAUCUAUCCAGGUACCAUGUCGUUAAAAAACGUUGGUCAUCAUGGAUUUCCACAAGAUUUUUGCUACGAGAAAUAAUAAGCAUUUUCCCGUGCUCUAGUGUCAUUUCGGAGUUGACUGUACUGGUUCUCGUGCCGCCAAUUUUCUAAACAAACAUUUUUUCAUAGAUAUCUUCAGCUUCACACCGCAAGACAAAAUUUGUUGAGCUCUUCCA